GUUCUGACAAAUCGCGCCCUCGUGUCUGGAAGUGAAUCACGCCCGAGUGCCAUCUACAAUCGGCACACCAAUACACGUAUUGUUUUUCGCGUCACGCAUGCUAAACGACGUCCUGGGGUUCAUGCUAGUAGGAAUAGUGGUGCUGGGGGCGGCGAUGAUGACAGUGCAGCCAGUUCAGAAACUGGAAGCUACGCCCCUUCAGCGCCAUCCGCUUCGCACCGAAUGUCCCUUGGUGGUAGUGGUCGGGGAAGGGGCCGAGGUAGAGGUCGACGCAGACGAUGUUCGGAUGAAGAGGAUCCUGAUUUUGAGCCAGAUUUGCCCGAAGAAGAAGUUCUUCCAUUUCCAAUUAUGCGCAAGAAAACCUACUCUGGACGUGUUUCAAAGCCUCCAAAACAUCUGGUGAGUCACAUCAUAGUUUUAUGA